GCGAGAAUCGCCUCCCGGAAGUUCCACGUCAGUCAGUCGGCUGGUCAGCGGGUUGGUGGGUCUCUGAGGGACUGCGUCUUCGGUGGCAAGUGAGGGCUCCCGGGCUCUGACCAACGGAGCGAUGCCUCUGCGACUUGAUAUAAAGAGAAAGCUAACUGCUCGAUCGGAUCGAGUUAAGAGUGUGGAUUUGCAUCCUACAGAGCCAUGGAUGUUGGCAAGUCUUUACAAUGGCAGUGUGUGCGUUUGGAAUCAUGAAACACAGACAUUGGUGAAAACAUUUGAAGUGUGUGAUCUUCCUGUUCGAGCUGCAAAGUUUGUUGCAAGAAAGAAUUGGGUUGUGACAGGAGCGGAUGACAUGCAGAUUAGAGUGUUCAAUUAUAAUACUCUGGAGAGAGUUCAUAUGUUUGAAGCACACUCAGACUACAUUCGCUGUAUUGCUGUUCAUCCAACCCAGCCUUUCAUUCUGACUAGCAGCGAUGACAUGCUUAUUAAGCUCUGGGACUGGGAUAAAAAAUGGUCCUGCUCACAAGUGUUUGAAGGACACACCCAUUAUGUUAUGCAGAUUGUGAUCAAUCCUAAAGAUAACAAUCAGUUUGCCAGUGCAUCUUUGGACAGGACCAUUAAGGUGUGGCAGUUGGGUUCUUCCUCACCAAACUUCACUCUGGAGGGACAUGAGAAAGGCGUGAAUUGCAUCGAUUACUACAGUGGUGGCGACAAACCAUACCUUAUUUCAGGUGCAGAUGACCGUCUUGUUAAAAUAUGGGACUAUCAGAAUAAAACCUGUGUACAGACACUGGAGGGACAUGCCCAAAAUGUGUCUUGUGCCAGUUUUCAUCCUGAGUUGCCAAUCAUCAUCACAGGUUCAGAAGAUGGAACUGUGCGUAUUUGGCAUUCAAGCACGUAUCGCCUUGAGAGCACUUUGAAUUAUGGAAUGGAGAGGGUGUGGUGUGUGGCCAGUCUGAGAGGGUCCAACAAUGUGGCUUUGGGCUAUGACGAAGGGAGCAUCAUUGUUAAGCUUGGUCGGGAGGAACCUGCCAUGUCCAUGGAUGCCAAUGGAAAGAUAAUAUGGGCCAAGCAUUCAGAAGUCCAGCAGGCCAACCUAAAAGCAAUGGGAGAUGCUGAAAUUAAAGAUGGAGAAAGACUGCCACUAGCCGUGAAGGAUAUGGGCAGUUGUGAAAUAUACCCCCAGACUAUUCAGCACAAUCCUAACGGGCGGUUUGUUGUGGUAUGUGGUGAUGGUGAGUAUAUCAUCUACACAGCCAUGGCAUUGAGAAACAAGAGCUUUGGGUCUGCCCAGGAGUUUGCAUGGGCCCAUGAUUCUUCAGAAUAUGCAAUAAGAGAGAGCAACAGUGUUGUAAAGAUAUUUAAGAACUUUAAGGAAAAAAAAUCAUUUAAACCAGAUUUUGGAGCUGAAAGUAUCUACGGAGGCUUCUUAUUGGGAGUCAGAUCUGUAAAUGGCUUAGCUUUCUAUGACUGGGACAAUACAGAACUCAUACGCAGAAUUGAAAUUCAGCCCAAACAUAUUUUCUGGUCUGAUUCUGGAGAGCUGGUCUGUAUUGCCACCGAGGAGUCAUUUUUUAUACUCAAGUAUCUGUCGGAAAAAGUCUUGGCUGCACAGGAAACACAUGAGGGAGUUACUGAAGAUGGCAUUGAAGAUGCCUUUGAGGUUCUUGGUGAGAUUCAGGAAAUUGUGAAAACAGGGCUGUGGGUAGGCGAUUGCUUCAUUUACACAAGUUCUGUGAACAGAUUAAAUUAUUAUGUUGGAGGAGAAAUAGUCACCAUUGCCCACUUGGAUAGGACAAUGUAUCUCCUGGGCUAUAUUCCUAAAGACAACAGGCUUUAUCUGGGGGAUAAAGAACUGAACAUCGUUAGCUAUUCUCUGCUGGUUUCAGUGCUGGAAUACCAGACAGCUGUCAUGAGAAGGGACUUCAGCAUGGCUGAUAAGGUUCUUCCUACCAUUCCAAAAGAACAGAGGACCAGAGUUGCACACUUUCUAGAAAAGCAGGUAAGAGGUUUUUGGGGUUUUUUGUUUGUUUUCUUUUUGGGUUUUUUUUUUUUUAACCAAUUUAAAGAGAGUAUUGGUAUGGGUUUGAAAACGAUGUCUUUAUUGCCACUUAAUGGCAGUGGAAUUUUUCCUAUAAACUUAAGUCAUUUAUUAGACUGUUCCUUCUCAUUAAUGCCCGUAGCACCUUUUUUUCCUUAAGAUUUUAUUUAUUUA